AUGGUCAAGCACGCCACACACCUCCUCCAGCGCGCGUCCCCCGUUGCGCAGAAGCUGCACAAAUCUGCACGCUAUCCCACCCGCCUCGCUCAGCAGCAUCAGAAGUCUCCAUUCCCCGUUAACCUUGCGCGGAGCCCCGGCCUCCGGUCGCGGCUGCACUCGACCAAUACGAGCCGCUUUCUGUUGGAGCGCGCUGAGCUCUCGACUAUCCAUGAGGAGCCCGAGGAGGACGAGGCUGAGCCUGCGCCGCACAGGUAUGCCGGCACGCGCGAAGCUUAUAAACACCUCGAGCCAUGGCCUCAGCAUGGUAGCGCGCAGGCUGGGUCUUCGAAGAGACAUGAGGUCGAGCAUGAUGCAGACAUGCUCGGCUGGGACGACGAAUCGACGCUGGUGGCUAUGUUGCAGGAGAACGCGUCGGAACAAGACGAGGAGGAGCGGUUGAUCGCGCUUAUCGAGUCGCUCAAGGAACCCAUGGCAGCGCAGGGAGCAACUCUCAAGGAAUACCUCAAGAACGCCUUGCUUCCCGCAUACAGCAGCAUCAAGGCAGCACAUGAUGUCCUGGACGAGAAAGUGGACCUCGCCUUUGGAGCGGGGCUUCUGACGUUCGACGAAAUCUGCAAGAAAGUCGAGCGGAUCGCCCUACGGGACGAGGACGAGCUGAAGACCACGCACGCUGGGUCGCAGCGGAAAGUCACAAGGAUUUUGGAGGACCUUGAACAGGCCUAUGCGCGUCGGAAGGACCUCUGGACAGCUCUGGAGGAUGACCUCGACCGUUGCGAUGCAUUACUGAUGUUCGUCGAAGCUGCGCGCGCGACAGCCGCCCUAGAAGGUCUCCCAUUGGAUGUCGAGCAGACAAUCGUGCUCCUUGAGAAGAAGGCCAAGGCUCUGGACAAGGACAGUAGUGCCUCCGCUAACCAGAAAAUGCUUCGCGGCCUCCUGGAGAAACUUUGA